AUGGACCACCCCAAGUACCCCACCAGCGGGGAAGCCGACAAACGGCCCAAGAAGCUAAUCUUCGCCCCAGGAGACAUCGCAUCCACCGCCUCCACCCCCGAAAAUCCCUCCCCAUCCUCAACGCCCGAUGUCCCCUCCGCCGCCUCCCGCCUCGACUCCCUCCGCUCCGAUACCUCGACCCCCAACUCCGUCCAGGAGAGCCAGAUCGUCUCGCACCCGGCCCGCGCGCACCAGUUCGUCAGUAACCCACCCCUCACCGUCUCGCAGAUGCACCCGGCCAACCCGCUGCACCAAUUCAACACCUGGUUCCGCGACUCCCGGCUGCCGGCCUCCUCAGCGCCGGAGACCUGCACCCUGGCCACGGCGUCUCUGCCCUCCGGCCGAGUCAGCGCGCGCAUCGUCUACCUCAAGGAGCUGGACGAGCGCGGCUGGGUGGUCUACAGCAACUGGGGCAGUCGCGAGGGCAAAGGCGGACAGGUAUUCGGGGCCACGAACGGAGAGGACACGCUCGGCGCGAUGCCCGAACCAUCCGACACCACCAACCUGCAGGAGGAGCUGCAGCUGGACCAAGUCCCGGGAGGAGGCAACAAGUGGGCGGCGCUGACGUUCUGCUGGUCGAGCGUGGAGCGGCAGGUGCGGAUCGAAGGGCUCGUGGAGCCGCUCAGUCGCUCCGAGAGCGAGCUCUACUGGCGCACGCGCGAGCGAGGCAGCCAGAUCGGCGCCUGGGCCAGCUGGCAGAGCAAGGUGCUCUGGAGCACGGAGCCACAUCUGCUGAUCGACCGGCGGCGCAAGAGCCUGGCGGCCGACGAGGUGACGGGCGCGGUGCCGGUCAUCCCGGGCGAUGUGAACGAGACGGACAUCGACGACGGGCGGGCACUAUUGGAGCAGCGCGUGCAGGAGCUGGAGGCGCGGUUUGCGGACACGAAGGAGAUCCCGCUGCCGCCGUUCUGGGGCGGCGUGCGCAUUGUGCCGGAGUCGGUGGAGUUCUGGCAGGGGAGACGUAGUCGAUUGCAUGAUCGGUUUCGGUAUGUGCGGGUGCAUGAAAAUGGGGAGGGAGAGAUGUAUAAAUGGCGGAUUCAGCGAUUGUCGCCGUAG